UCUGGCAAUUCCGGUGUUAUGAUUACCUCAGAACCUUUAAUGGGAGGUUUAAACUACUUAGCUUGGGCUUCGUCUGUCGAGUUGUGGUGUAAAGGUCAAGGAGUUCAAGAUCAUUUAACAAAAAAGGCUAGCGAAGGUGAUGAAAAGGCCAAAACACUGUGGGAGAAGGUCGAUGCUCAGUUAUGUAGUAUCCUGUGGUGCUCUAUUGAUUCCAAGUUGAUGCCCUUGUUCCGUCCAUUCCAGACAUGUUAUUUAGUUUGGGAAAAGGCUCGUAAUUUAUACACUAAUGACAUAUCUCGUUUCUAUGAUGUAAUAUCGCGAAUGACAAGCUUGAAGAAACAGGAAUUGGAUAUGUCUACUUACUUGGGACAAGUACAGGCAGUCAUGGAAGAAUUUGAGACGUUGAUGCCAGUUUCUGCUAGUAUUGAAAAGCAACAAGAGCAACGACAGAAGAUGUUUCUAGUUCUUACACUAGCUGGACUCCCUAAUGACCUUGAUUCAGUACGUGACCAGAUUUUGGCUAGUCCGACUGUCCCCACAGUUGAUGAAUUAUUCUCUCGAUUACUUUGCGUUGCUGCAGCACCAAGUCACCUAGUGAGCUCAUCACAGACACUUGACUCAUCUGUCCUCGUAUCCCAGUCAGUGGACAAUCGGGCAUCUCAUACUAUGGAUAAUAUACGAGGAGGAGGUCGUUUUGGAAGAUCUAGACCCAAGUGCUCUUAUUGUCAUAAACUUGGACACACUCGUGACGUGUGUUAUUCUUUACAUGGCCGCCCACCCAAAAAUACUUAUAUUGCUCAGAUUGAGACUAUAGGUAACCAGGGAUUUUCAUUAUCUGAAGGGGAGUAUAAUGAGUUCCUUCAGUAUUGAGCAAGUAAGCAGACAUCUCCACAAGUAGCUUCUGUUGCUCAGACUGAUACUUCGGUUGCUGGUAAUUCUUUUGCUUGUGUUUCCCAGUCUAGUACUCUUGGACAAUGGGUUGUGGACUCAGCCGCUUCUGAUCAUAUCUCUGGUAAUAAAUCACUUUUGUCAAAUAUUGCGUAUUCACAGUCUCUUCCCACUGUUACUUUAGCCAAUGGGUCUCAAACCAAAGCAAAAGGAGUUGGACAAGCAAAUCCCUUACCCUCUGUCACUCUAGAUUCCGUUCUCUAUGUCCCUGGCUGUCCUUUUAAUCUUGCAUCUGUUAGUCGUUUGACUCGUGCCCUCCAUUGUGGUAUAUAUUUUAUUGAUGAUUCCUUUA